AUGGAGUGCUUCAAGAACAAAUUCGUCGAUGGCCAGCUCUUGGGUGGCCGGUUCCGGACCAUCGCUCCUUUGAAUCACGGUUCGUUCGGCAUGGUAUUCCUCGCCAGGGAUACCAAGACCAACCAAGAUGUCGCCAUCAAGUGCCUCACCAAGGUAUCUUCUGGUGACCCCUCCGAACCCUUCCCUAUGGAUGACCGAUUCGAGGAGCUUGACUGCCACCGAGACAUGGCACAUCACCGAAACAUCGUCAACCUUGUCCACUCUUUCGAGACCGAAGCACACAUGUACUUGGUCUUGGAAUACUGUGCCAAUGGCGAUCUCUACGAAGCCAUCCGACUGAACCGUGGUCCCUUGGAGACGGAACAUGUGCGUGACUUCAUGCUGCAGCUUAUUAGUGCAGUUGAAUUCAUUCACUCUAUCGGCAUGUACCACCGCGAUAUCAAACCAGAGAACAUUUUCUUGACGCUGGACGGAUCAAUGAAACUUGGUGAUUUUGGUUUGGCUACUCGCGAUGCCUGGUGCUACGAAGCCUGUGUUGGCAGUGACCGCUACAUGGCUCCGGAACAAUACGAUCCGGCUGCUACCGGUUACUCUGCUGCCAAGGCUGACGUCUGGGCUAUUGGCAUCUGCAUGCUCAAUGUUCUGUUUGCCCGCAACCCCUUCGUGACCCCGACAGAAUCCGACCUCCUCUUCGCGGAUUACGUUCGCGACAGACAGUCUCUUUUCGACAUCUUCCCCAACAUGUCCCUGGAUACUUUUGAGAUCCUGAGACAUGCUUUGGCUCUCGACCCCGAAAAGCGUUCCCUGUCUGCCGUGCGUGACGGUAUCAUGAGAGCCGUCUCCUUCACUACGGACGAUGAGGCUUUGGACGAAUUCUGCACGGACGACCGCGAAGUCGUUGCUGCAAGCGCCAACCGCGAACCUCUCAGAACUCCUUCCAUCCAGAGCCCGCACAUCAACCAAGGCGACUCUUUCCCCUGGGCCAAAGCAUUGCAGACAAGUCCUCCCCAGGCCAUUCGACAAUUGUCCGCUAUCCCCGAUACCGAAAGUUAUACCGAGGAUCUCUUUCCUCCUUCCGAGACGGCUGGUACCUCUUGGUUUUCGGUUCAUCAGGGAACUCCCUCCAUGGCAUCUGUGUUGGACUCUGCUCUAGGAGAGUCUUAUAUGGGUUCGCCCUUCACCAAGCGGGACGUCCGAUACCCUCCUCCUUCCGACCCUGUUCCAAUCACUGGCUCUUUGCCCAGUCACGCAACCAAGCCCCUGCCCUCUCUUUCGAUGGUGUUUGGUAGAAACAAGAACGACCAAAUCUCCAAGAGCUGGAGUGAUCUCUGGGACGAGGAAGAGGAGUCGGAGUCGGAGAACGAGGACGUAGCAUUCCAGCAACGACGCGAGCAGAACUCUCGUAGCUGGAGCCACGAGUCUCAGAGCGCCGGUGUGCCUAGCCCGAUCGGUCUCCGCGACCCUCAAUCCUCUUCUCUUCUCAACGCACGUUCUCUGAACCGGACCAAGCCGGUCACCGCGCCAGUUGAGGUACCUGCAAAGUCACUCGACACUGAGAGUCGCACUGUUACCCCUCACACUGCCCCGACUUACCCCCACACGCCGCCCAAGAAAUCGCACGUCGACAAGUGGGCGGCGUUGGGUGACAAGCGGAGGAACUUCAAGCCUCGAGAAAUUCCUUUCAGCGAGAAGAAGUCUCCGAACAGUGUGCCUUGGAGGAGAGACUGGGGUCUUGGAUCGUCUGGAUUCGACUAUGGAUCUUGGGCCAAGAAAGAAUCACCAACCCAAGAUCGCCGUCGUCGUCCGUUUUUGGAGAAGGGUUGGCGUCGCGAGGGCUCGGAUCCGAAGCCCGCCAAAUUCCCUAGCAGUUAUGACGGCAGUGUCGACGAGGAUCUAGAUCUCGUAGGUGGCUGGCACGAUCUCCACCUGUAA